AUGUCGUCGCCGGAGCCUGAGAGUGAGAGCACAAUCAGGGCUAGCAGUCAGAGAACUGAGCUCUUUUUAGGUGCCAUGGCAGAGAGGGCAGGCGACGUGAUCGAGGAGGACGAGGAAGUCGAAGAGGACGAACAUGGUCAAAGUGACCAGCGAUCGAAUGAACUGAUGUUCGUGAAAAUGAAAGCUGAAAAAGCGAAUCGCAAGAGAAAGUUCACCAGGUGUCGCAGAGCCGUGAUCGUGGCCUUGCGUGACGGAGUUGAAGAGGAAGCUGCGAGGUCGUUGUUUGGCGAAUUAGAAAUGAUCGAGGAUGCCCUGAACGGUGUGUUCAUGGACGUACUCGAGUGGGCUGGCGGCAUGAACGAUGCGCUCGCAGUGGCUAAAGUGACCGAUGAGAUGGAGGAAGCGGAGAAAGAGAUGAAGGAGGUCACAAGGCUGUAUCAGGAGUUCCUAGAACACCAGCCAGCGUGGACGGCUGCACGGAACAGCCACCCAGACAGGCCAGCGUAUCAUCAGUAUGCCCAGGCACCAGUGGAAGAGCCAGGAAGUCCACUGAGCGUGAUAUCGCUGGGCAGAAGUGAAGGCUCCCAGGAUCGGGAUGAGCCUGGUGAUGGCGUGGCGCUGGUUCAGGAGAACCAGGCAAGAGUAGAAGACAGUGAUGAAGUGGUUGUGACCACAAGUGUCUCCGGCAGUAGUAACAGAGAGGCAGAGCUUGGGGCUAGAACAAGGCCACCAAUGGAAGCUGGGAGUAGGAGGUCAGAGCGUGAAAGAAGCCCUGCCUUGCCUGUACUACAGCCUGCUGUGCCAACACGGAGUGCUGUAUGUGUGUCCAGUGCAUAUACUAGAGUGAGUGAGACCAAGGCCCCUCAACUUCAAGUCGCGAAGAGUCCAGGCCAGCAGGGCAGUAGUACUCAGGCUCCUGUGUCAGGACUACACCCUACAUCAUCUCUGCCAUAUCAGUCCGCCAACUAUCUGUACACCCAGGCCAGUGGGCCGCCACAGGUAGCCUCAAGUCAUCAGGCCAUGGGCAUUGGUGCCUUUUCAGCAUUGCCAGGAGCAGGUGUGUCCGCCAGCCACCAGCGUGCUGUGUCUCAGCCUCCACCUGUCAAGCAGCCAUCAGAUGAAAUUUUCAAGCAACUGAAGGCUAUACAGAUCCCAGUCUUCGGCGGCGAUAAGCAGGCGUAUGCCUCAUGGAAGGCUGCUUUCAUGGCGUGUGUUGGUAGCUCGUCUGCAAGGGCAGACUUGAAACUGCUGCACCUCCGGCAGUAUUUGAGUGGAGAUGCCUUGGCUUCCAUCGAGAGCUUGGGAUACACCCCGUCUGCGUAUGAGGCCGCAAUGAGGCGGUUAGACCGCAAGUUUGGAGGCGACCAACGACAGCUGUCGCUGCAGUACGAGCAAGUCGAGGCCUGCCCAAUCAUUCGUUCCGGCCGAGCAGGAGAUCUCCAGAAGUUUGCAGAUCUCCUCGACGUACUCGUGGUCAACCUCCUCGACUCCGGAAAAGGCAAUGAGCUGGGUGAUGGGCUGUUGUACCGGAAGCUCCUGGCCAAGUUGCCGGCUGGGAUGUUAACCCAAUUCAAUCGAUGGUGUCAUCAGAAGCCCUGCCAGCCAGGAAUUCAAGCACUACUGGAGUGGGUGACGUUGGAAGCGGAGUUUGCCGUUGGAGCGUCCGAAGCACUAGAUGGAGUUGGUGCGAAGGACAAGCCUCCGGCACCCCGAAAUGCUCCUCAACGAUCCUACUUCGGGGGAAAGGCUUCGCAGAAUGCAGGGUGGUCAAGGCCUGCGGGCUCAGCGGCUGGACGAUCUUCAUGUCGGCAAUGUGGCGGACCUCACGGUGUCUGGCAGUGUAAAGCAUUUCAGCAGCUUUCCGUCGCCAAUCGCUGGAGACAGGCUAAACAGCAUGGUCUGUGCUACCGCUGCCUUGGAGGCGAUCACCAAGGUCACCACUGUCCACGAACCAGACCCUGCUCAGUGAGCGGCUGCAACAACAAUCACCACUACUUGCUACACCGGGACUUGCUACACGAGGACAGCAGGAACCCCGAUGCCGCACAGUCAAACAAGAAAAAAUCGGGGAACACGGCAGCUGGAGGAAUGACGGCGGACAAGUCCCAACUCAGUCCUGCCGAACAAUUCUGCAACUAUGGAGACAAUGGUUCAGGUCAGGAGACAGGGGACCAGGUAUUGCCUCCCGCCAUCGACUGUUUAGUAACGCCGCCAUACGCCGGUAAAGACCAAGAGCAGCGCACCCCACAGUCGUUCACCGAGGGGGAGACGGAGUCCACGAAGAGUGAUUCCACCAUGAUGGUCCAAGGCCCGGGCAAGAUAGCUCUGCGAACGGUCUCAGUCGUCUUGGAGAACGGCCACAAGUCAGUGCAAGUGAAUGCGUUGCUGGACGACGGUAGCACAACGAGCUACCUCAACGGCAGCAUUGCCAACCAGCUCGGCGUCAGCGGGGAGCUGAGGACAUUCACGGUCCACACCUUGAAUGGCAAGCAGACCUCAUUCACAACCAGACCAGUAAGCUUCACCAUUGGCAGCAUGGAUGGCAGUGUUCGGCAAUCUAUGACGGCGCUGACGGCUGAUUCGGUCACCGGGAAUCUUCGUCCGGUAGAGUGGGUCAAGGAAGCAGUCAAGUAUCCUCAUCUGAGAGAGAUUCCGUUCGCAAGACUGGCGGAGCCCGCCAGGGUCGAUCUGCUGAUUGGGAGCGACUAUGCUGAGCUGCUUGUGUCACAGCAGGAAGUGGUCGGCCCGCCUGGUCAACCAGUGGCGCGUCAUACUCCACUGGGUUGGACCUGUGUUGGCAGAGUGACGGGAACCCACUCGAGUCAAAGGACGUUCCACAGCCAAGCGUUUCAGAGUGAGGAGAGAGCAACACCAACCGGCUUAGAGACCGCGCUACAGCAGUUCUGGCAAAUUGACAGCUGCGGCACGGAGGAGAGCUUCAGUGAGCCCGGCCCGCGCUCGCUGGAGGAAGAGACAGCCCUAGACAUCGUCAAACACUCGCUGAAGAAGGUGGACGGUCGGUACCAGGUGUCUCUGCCGUGGAACAAUCGCAAGAGAGAAUUAUGCAACAACUUGGGUGCGGCUACGAAACGUCUAGGCCACACCGAGCGCAAGCUCCUGAAAGACCCAUUCGUUGCCCAGGCUUAUGGCCAAGUCUUCCAGGCCUACCAGAGGAACGGCUAUAUCCGUGAGCUCGCGAAGGAAGAGCUAGGUCAAGAGGUAUGCUGGUACUUAUCCCACUUUCCCAUCGUCCGACCGCAGAAGACGACAACCAAGGUGCGGAUCGUCUUUGACGCUGCAGCAUCCUGUCAUGGCCUCAGCCUCAACGACGCCAUCUACCCUGGUCCGAAGCUCCAACGUGAGUUGUUCGAUGUGUUGACCAGGUUUCGGCAAAAGCCUAUAGCAGUGGGCUGUGACGUGACCGAAAUGUAUUUGCAGGUGUCGGUUGCGCCAGCAGACAGGAAGUACCUCAGAUUCGUGUGGCGGGACCUGGAUCCAGCCAAGCCUUUACGGCACUUUGAGUUCAACCGCCUGGUCUUUGGCGUCAAUGCUGCACCAUUCAUCGCCCAGUAUGUUGCUCAGCAGACAGCCCGGGAACAUUUGGCGUCUCAUCCCCUGGCAGCAGAAGCUAUCCUCGCGUCCACCUACAUGGAUGACACGAUGGACAGCACCAAAGAUGUCGAACAAGGUCAGAUUCUUCAUCGGGAGCUAAUGGAUCUGUGGGGUGAGGCCAAGAUGACGCCGCGCAAGUGGGUGUCCAACUCGCCCGAGCUCCUGAGGGUAAUUCCAGCCGAGGCUCGCGCUACCCAGCUGGACUUAUCCCAAGGAGAGCUACCAUCCGUGAAGACGCUAGGAGUGUCAUGGGACGGUCAGGCAGACUGCUUCUUCUUCAGCGUUCAACCGCCAGACCUCACCAACCAACGCAUCACCAAGCGAUUCCUCCUAGCAAAAGUCGCGUCCGUAUUCGACCCGUUGGGGUUUCUGGCACCGUUCGUGACCCAAGCCAAGAUCCUCAUGCAAGAGAGUUGGGUAGCUGGUAUUGACUGGGAUGAACCGGUUCCAGAUGGCAUCGACACCAGCGCUCGCCAGUGGUUCAAUGACCUGGCGAAGCUCAGUUUAGUUCGAGUACCAAGAUGUCUCAUCCCGGACGUGGCCAGUGGAGUGACGCUGCAUGUUUUCUGUGAUGCGUCGAGUGUGGCGUAUGGUGCCGUGGUCUACAGCUCCACCGUGCAGUGUGGCUCUGAGGGAAACGUUCGUCUCGCUGGAGCCAAGAGCAGAGUGGCGCCGACAAGAACACAAAGUAUCCCCCGGCUGGAAUUGCUGGCGGCUGUGCUUGGCCUUCAGCUGGCCCGGAAGUUCAGUCAGAUCAUGACCAUUGCCAUGUCAGAGGUGAUUUUCUGGAGCGACAGUGCAACUGUGCUGCUCUGGAUUCGCAGCUACAGCCGACGUUUCAAACCGUUUGUGGCGAAUCGCAUCAGCCACAUCCAGACUGUUACGUCGCCCAGUCAAUGGCGGUACGUUCCCUCCAGCGACAACCCAGCUGACUUGGCGUCACGGGGAGCUGGGGUAGAGCAACUGGUUGCAACUGAGCUGUGGUGGCAAGGACCGGCCUUCCUGCAGAAAGAAGAAUCUGAAUGGCCAGCCAAGAUCGUGGGUGGCCAAGACCCAGCUGCUCGAGCGGAAGCUCGCAAGGCUGCACAGCCCGAGGUGAUGUCAUUUAUGUCCGAGAAAGUACCCAGCUUGUGCUCUCGGCGCUUCUCAGACUGGACGCGCGUAGUCAGAGUACGGGCUUGGGCAAUUCGCUUCAUCACCAACUGCCGUGGAGGUGAGGAGUUGAGCGGAGAGCUAACCGGCGAGGAGAUGGACGCUGCCAGCCUUUCCAUCAUCAAAGAGGCACAGCACGAGGCAUUCGCGGAGGAUCUGAAGCUAGUGAAGAAUGGUCAACCACUUCCGCUGAAGUCACGUUUGGCGAGGUUAUCGCCUCGACUGGACGACGACGGACUAUUGCGCUGCGAUGGUCGCACCAAGCUGGCUGACUGGUUGCCGUUUGAUGUGCGCUUCCCGAUUCUUCUCCCCCGGAAACAUCCGACCACCCGGCUUAUUGUCAAAGAUUGCCAUGAGCAACGUCAUCAUGGCGGGACGAAUGAAACGUUGGCAGCUCUCUCUGAUCACUAUCUUGUCGAAGCAGCACGGGAGGAGAUCCGUGACUGGGAGAAAGACUGCAUGGUGUGUCGACGACUAAAAGCCCGUGCGGGAGAGCAAAUCAUGGCCCCGUUGCCAGCAAAGCGAUUGUGUGAGCCACUGAGAGCCUUCAGCAGGGUAGCCGUUGACUACGGAGGGCCGUUCGAAACUAUGCAGGGGAGAGGAAAGACUCGCCACAAACGCUAUCUGUGCCUCUUCACGUGUUUCCUGACUCGUGCGGUCCAUUUGGAGAUGGCGUACGCAUUGGAUGCAAAUUCUUUCCUGAACGCCUUUAACCGGAUGGCCAACCGACGAGGUUGUCCAAUGGAGGUUCUGUCGGACAAUGGAGGCAACUUCGUGAAUGCCGACCGCCAGCUACGUGAGCUUGUUGGCCAACUGAACAAUACCACCGUCCGGAAAGCCAUGGCCUGCAGACGCGUGAAAUGGAGUUUCAACCCGCCAUUAGCUCCUCAUUUCGGGGGAGUUCACGAGGCAAUGAUUCGAGCCGCCAAACGAGCUCUACACGCCAUCCUUGGAGACGCAUCUGUGACGGACGAGGAGUUGGUCACCGCUCUCAGCGGAGCAGAGUCCCUCGUCAACUCCAGGCCCAUCACCUACCAAUCGGCUAGUCCGAAGGAUCCAGGGCCGCUAACUCCGAACCAUUUCCUUCAUGGCAUGGCCGAGGGCCAGCUGGUUAUUGCAACAACGGACGAGAAGGGGUGUCAACUGCAGAGACGUUGGAGAUAUGUUCAAAUGCUCAUCGACCAUUUCUGGCAUCGCUGGCUGAAAGAGUUUGUCCCACGGUUGAAUCAGCGGAUGAAGUGGCGACACCAGCGACGCGAUCUGGCCGUUGACGACGUUGUCCUGGUGAUGGAUUCAAGCUCCCCGCGUGGGCGUUGGCCGCUCGGCAGAGUCACGGAAGUUUUCCCUGGUCCGGACGGUCAUGUGCGUGUGGUGGCCAUGCAAGUGGGCGGGAAGACUCUGAAGAGAUCCAUCACUCGAGUCUGUCCACUGGAAUGUUAG